AUGUCAACACUUUUCGUCCCCCUCGAAAUCCAAUACCACAUCCUCUCCUUCGCCAUUCUCGACUGGACAUCCCAACCUUCUCUCCACAAGGUCUGUAAAUCGUGGCAAUUCUACAUCGAAACUUCCCCAGAAGCUUUCUCGGCGCGGUAUACCAACACUCAUUGUCACAAAGCAGGUCAAGAAGAAUUCUUUUUCAAGCCUCAACUCCACAACGCCAUAGCCUACUGUCACAAAAACUUCUACAAAACCCAGGAAGACCCUCCAAAGUUCUCCCCCUGUGUCUUUGAAAUAAGCGAAGAAGAUGGAGAUGUCGCAAGCAUAUCCUUGGAGAUUAACUUGGAAAUGUUUUUCGAGGAUCCGAUAUACAAGCCUGCGGAAAUAAAAUUCCGUAACGGAACCCUAGAGCUAUCCAUAUCACCAAAACAUCCAAUCUUGCCGCCGACUUACAUGACGAUUCUAUAUCCCGACAACUAUAGUUUCCGCCAUCCAUGGUUUUACGGUCCGAUACCUCCAUACAAAGACGCUAUUGCCGAUGCAGAGUUUACGAAAACCGCUACUGUUGGUGACUUUUUGAUGAGUAUCCCUCGGACCAUAGAUUCAAUGAUGGAGUUUUUGUACCUGUCUUCUGAUCACGCUAGUGGGGAGAAAGCUAUGCUAAUAAAAUAUUUUGAAACGUCGUUGAGGGUUGGAAGUUGUCGCGAUGGCUAUCAGGGAUUGUUCUUGUUUGUGAGGGAGGUAAACGGGGGCCGGGACUGGUGUUCGAGUCGCUAUCCAGCGCCUGGGGGGGUAUACUACUAG